AUGGACUUGACAGGGUUUGGAGUUUCUGCGGCACACAAGCCACAGAGUUCUGUUCCGCUGAAACUAAACGCAGCAGUGACAAACACGGCCACAAUGCCUUUGAACCCAGACGGUGUGAACGGGCCUGGAUCGUGCCAGUACCUGCCCAGGAUCGCGUCGUGGUUUGGGACUCCACCAAACAGAAUCACCAGCCCGGUCACCAAAAAGCCCAGAAUGGCAAUGAUCUUGGUGACAGAGAAAACCACUUCCGCGAACCCCGACUGGGCCGAGCCCAGAAAUAGGCCUGUUCCAAUAGAGCCGCCAAGCGAGAUCAUCUGCAUCUGGAACGAGCCAAGCUGGUGUUUCAACGGGGCUGCUCCGUCGGUUUUGGUAGCUGGUUUGAAGGUGUUGAUUUUGCGUUGCAACCAGCCCCCACGAGACUCUUGGACUUGUUGCUGGACAACUUCGGGCCGUUUUUCCAGAUCGUUCAUGAUGAGAUACUUACUCAGAGAUCUGGGUUGUUCCAUUCACGUCUUUAUAGCUGUGCAAACCACCAUAUUCUGUUCAAAAACAGGUUCUACCAGUGCGCCCGAUUCUGUUAUGGCAGACGUUUGGCAAUUUUUUUAA